GAUUCUAGCACUACAGCAAACAAGACAGAAAUACAUCCAUUUUCCCCUUUUGCACUUUUAUUCUUAUCAAAAAAAACAUCGGAAGUUUUUCCUCACUCUUUUGUAAAAUGAAAUUCCAAUCAGUAUCGGCCUUCGUUGGUCUCCUUAGUAUUGCCGCCGCCGCAACGACAACGACAUCUUCCGUAUCCUCGUCAUCCACCAGUUUGUCCACGGCUGUUUCUCAGCUUCCUACAUGCGCUCAGGAAUGUCUGCCUACUGUAGGAACCGAGAUCGGCUGCUCAGUUGGAGAUUUUGAAUGCAUGUGCUCCAGUAGCGGGAGCUUGGUUGCCCACAUGGGGACAUGCAUUCUGAAGAAAAAUGACUGUUCAUCGGACGAUAUUACUAAGGCAAAAGACAUUGCUACGCAGAUCUGCAACAUUAUGAGCUCCAAUCCAGACUCGUCUGCUGUUGCAUCAGCUUCACAGUUGAUCGUGUCAGAAGUUGCAAAGGCCACAGCAACUGCCAAAUCAGCUGCAGCUAACGCAGGCCUGCGCAUGGAGCACGGGCUUGCGAUGGUCGGCGCUGCUGCUUUUGCAGCGCUAGUAAUCUAGUUUAUUAGACUGGAUAUAGUGGCAAGAAUGUCGUGCAGAAAUUAAGCAAGCAUGGAAUUAGCAAUCGUUUUGGCUUAUGUCAAAGGUACAAUUCUCCCAAGAGCAAAUGCCAUGCUUUGCAGUACAUGUUUAUUCAGGAACACUGGGUGUUCCUUCUGUAUUAUUAGAUCCAAAAAUUGUUAUAUCAGCGAUUAGCAGUCCAUCAUCAAUCUCCA